GAUUUCGCGAUAUUAAGUACUUUGCAUCAAGCACUUGAGAAACAAACAUAUUAAAAAAAUGCAUUGGAUAUUGCUGUGUGCCUUGUUUUUAGCUGUUAAUUGUUCCAUAGAAACAGGAAAUAUAGAAGUGCGGAAUACUCGAAAAUCAUCAGAAGAAGAUUCCAGAGUAGACGAUAUUCUGCUUGAAUUACAAGGAAUAUGCUUAACUGAAAGGAAUGACAAAACUGCAAAAGAGCUUAAAAGGGAUACACAGACUAUUCUCAGUAAUAUGGCAGUGUACAAGGAUAUCGUCAAACUGAAUGCACAACUUAAGACUGAAAUUAAGUGGAUUCUAAAAGAACCACGUGGAGAAAAGCAAGUUUCAAGAAUAUUGAGAUUGAUAAAACAGGACGUCAAAGGAAUCUGUGGAAUGAAAUUAACGAAGGAUUGUACUGAGCUGAAGAAAUAUAAAUCAGAAUCUGGUGUUUACAAGAUAUAUCCCGACAAAUCUGAGGUCAAAGUUUAUUGUGAUAUGACAACAGAUGCUGGAGGUUGGACUAUUAUCCAAAGACGAUUAGAUGGAUCAGUUGAUUUCCAAAGAACAUGGACAGAUUACGAGUACGGAUUUGGGAAUCUUAACGGUGAAUACUGGUUGGGAAACAAACACAUUCACAGCCUGACAUCCAGUGAUAGAUAUGAACUGAGAAUAGAUCUAAAGGACAGUUCUAAUACGAAGAAGUAUGCUUUGUAUAAAACGUUUAUGAUAGGCGAUGCAGCGUCCAAGUACAAAUUGACAAUUGGGAGUUACAGUGGAAAUGCAGGUGAUAACAUGGCUUACCAUAAUGGAAUGAAGUUCUCAACGACCGACCAGGAUAAUGAUGAAUCUGGAGGAGUGUGUGUAACGACUGGGGGACCAUGGUGGCAUAAAAGCUGUAAAUACAGUGGCCUUAACGGGAAAUUCAACAACAUGUAUUGGUAUAAAAUUAGCAGCAACAUAGCCAAAACGUCAGUAAUGAUGAUACGAAAACUUUAAUUGUUUAUAAAAGAAAUAAAUCUACAUGCAUAAAUCAA